CCAAUUAAAUAAACCUCCAUCCAGACUCGAUGUAGUUCAUUGUAACAUUGACCUGUGGAAUAGCUCUCCAGGACCGGGAUUGGACGCCUCUGUCCUAAUGGAAUUUGUCUGUUAGACCAUUUGGAAGCCACAGCAGCUCGUUAAACACACACAGAGACAAUGCGUGCCUAACCAGCCCGCGGGUAUCGCUUGGUGUGGAAAGGAGCAGAAGCUCACGGUGCCUCCUUUAUGCUAAUACGGGCUGUCUGACAAGUUUGUGACGCUAGGAGACCCGGAAGAACGAGUCUGCAUUUCAUUGAAACUAAAACUGAAAAAGAAAAAAAAAAAACAUGAAAUAGAAAAAAGUCUGGAGGUCAGCGGGUUUUUGUGAUUUGCAAGCAGAAUGUCGGCGUCCGCCGUUUUCGUGCUGGAUAUCAAGGGGAAGGUGCUGAUCUCUCGGAAUUACAAGGGGGAUAUCGACAUGAAUGAAAUCGAUCACUUCAUGCCCAUUCUGAUGCAGAAGGAGGAGGAAGUUGAUGUGUCUCCAUUUGUAGCCCAUGGGGCAGUGCACUUCCUGUGGAUCAAACACAGUAACUUGUACUUGGUAGCGAUGACUAAGAGCAAUGCCAACGCGGCCUUGGUCUUCACCUUUCUCUACAAAAUAGUGGCGGUUUUUAAAGAGUAUUUCAAAGAGCUGGAAGAGGAGAGUAUCCGGGAUAACUUCGUAACCGUUUACGAGCUCAUGGAUGAGGUGAUGGAUUUCGGAUUUCCUCAAACAACAGACAGCCAGAUCCUGCAGGAGUACAUCACACAACGGGGGCACAAGCUGGAGGUGGGCGCCCCCCGGCCCCCGGCAACCAUAACCAACGCCGUCUCCUGGAGAUCGGAGGGGAUCAAAUACCGGAAGAACGAAGUGUUUAUGGAUGUUAUUGAGUCUGUCAAUUUACUGGUGAGUGCGAGUGGCAGCGUGCUGCGCAGUGAGAUCGUGGGCAGUGUCAAGAUGAAGGUGGUCCUGUCAGGAAUGCCAGAGCUGCGGCUGGGACUCAAUGACAAGCUCCUCUUUCAGAACACAGGCAGGGAUAAGGGUAAGGCUGUGGAGCUGGAGGAUGUGAAGUUCCACCAGUGUGUGCGGCUGUCCCGCUUCGAGAAUGACCGCACCAUCUCCUUCAUCCCUCCCGAUGGAGACUGUGAGCUGAUGUCCUAUCGACUCAACACACACGUGAAACCCCUGAUCUGGAUUGAAUCUGUGAUUGAGAAAUUUUCCCACAGCCGAGUGGAGAUCAUGGUCAAGGCCAGGGGUCAGUUCAAGCAGAGAUCGACGGCAAACAACGUGGAGAUCACGGUUCCUGUGCCGAGCGAUGCAGACUCUCCGAAAUUCAAGGCAUGUACCGGCAGCGCCAAAUGGGUCCCGGAGAAGAACGCGGUCAUCUGGACCAUUAAAUCAUUUCCUGGGGGUAAGGAGUACCUGAUGCGGGCACACUUUGGUCUGCCCAGUGUGGACAGUGAAGAACUGGAGAGGAAGCCACCGAUCACGGUCAAAUUUGAGAUUCCCUACUUCACUGUAUCAGGGAUUCAGGUUCGCUACCUGAAGAUCAUUGAGAAGAGUGGAUACCACGCCCUGCCCUGGGUCAGGUACAUCACCCAGAGCGGAGAUUACCAGCUUCGGACAAACUAAACUGUGCACUGAAGAUGAGUUUCACACCAGCGCACUUUACUGUGCAGACGAAGACGGCUUAUUUUUUAUUGAAAAUGUUAAGUGGGAGACGAUUUGUAUUGCAAUGCAAUGCAUGAAACAUGAAUCACCGUACCAUUUAUAAAUGUUAAACUGUGACAAAGGGGCAGGUCAGAUUUACUAUCAUAGGCUCUUCUCAUUUUAUGAGGAUAUUUAGCAUAUUUUAAAAACAUUAAGUAUAGUGUAACUAUGCGUAGUAACAUUGUAAGGAUGUGGAAGUACACAUGUAAAUGCACAGGAAUGUAAAGUGUUACUGAAGUAUUGUUUACUGAAACACCCCAGCAGUUUAAAUGUGUGACCCAGAUUGCGUCUUGAUUCUACUUAGAUGUGUACUUGUUUUAUUUCUUUUCACUUUGUAUCUCUUAUUUGGAGAGGGGGGUGUUUUCAUUAAACUUUUUUCGCUCAGACUGCUGUUUAGCUAGUGGAUAUGCCUCGUUUUGCUUCCUGCCAGGGGACCAGCUGCUGCGUUGCUGCUGUGAGCGCAUGUCAGUCUCGGUUCUUCCUCGUAGGUCCUGUCUGAUAAGACUCGGCUCAUGAGAGAAGUCAUACGCUCUACAAAACUAAAGAUUACUGAAGCUUUCUGUUUGUAUCCAGAGCUUUGAGUUUUAAACAAUAAAGACUAGCCAAUGUCAACGUUUUUUUUUUCUUUUAUAUUAAUUUAGCAAAACAGACUCAAAACUUAACCCAAAUAGAGGAGGCUGUGUGGUCUGGUGAUUAAAGAAA